UCCGGAGACGUUGCUUUGCCUUGGGAAAGUCAAAAGAUUUUGCUUCCUCCACAGGGCACCAGUUAGGCAUCGUAUUCGUGCAGCGUCUCUCUCAACCUUUGAUGUGCCAGGUGAGGCACGUCGCUCGUGCGUACUCCAUUCGACUUGUCUUCUCGGACCACCGCACAAGUGUGUGUGUGUGUGUGUGUGUGAGUCAGUGAGUGUGACGGACUGACGAGUGGCGGCGUGUCGCGAAAAAGGCCAUCGGGGAAGAGGGAGAGGGACGUUCCUGUGAGGAAAAAAACGUCACAGGUGACGUGGACACUGACAAGUGGGCUCCAUGUUAAGCGGGCCCAUGCAGCCCGGCAACGGUUUCGCUUUCGCCUCUCGCGGCCACAGCCCAGCAACGUCCGUGGGUUUCGCCUCUCGCGGUCACAGCCCAUCAAUGUCCGUGGGCCGCGGAGGCCAUUUUGCCGGCCUCUUUGCUUUUUUUUCUUUCUUGUGCGGCAAGAAGGGAGGGGGAAGAGAAGAGGGCCACGCGCACGGCCGCCGCGCCGCAAGCAGAGAGGGAGAGAAACCGCGGCACGACUGCACGAGACAGGCCAUUCGCAGCCGGCCGCCCCCCCUGCCCCACGGUUCGCCGGCGCGCGGAAACGAACGUCGGCGGGUUCUUCCUGCCUCCAGGCAAGAUAAUAACUAGUGCCCGAAACACUGCUGCUGAAAAUGGGCAGCGCUGAAGUCCCACUGCCUGUGGCCGUGCCGUCACCUGAAAUCCCAGCUAUGAGCGGAGGGUCAGCCACCGUCACCGCCGCUGCAGCUCCUGCUACCGAAUCGAAGCCGAAAAAGAAGAUAUGCUGCGCGUGCCCUGAUACAAAGAGGCUGAGAGAUGAGUGCGUCGUCGAGCAUGGUGAACCUGCUUGCACCAAGUGGAUCGAAGCUCACAAGCGAUGCCUCCGUGCUGAGGGGUUUAAUGUCUGAAUCUUUUUAUCAUGUAGUCUGUUGCGUUCACUUUCGUAGAUUCAAUUCAUAGAACAGGCGAGAUGCAGCCGGGGAGCUUGGUGCCCGAGACUUGUAGAUUUGCUGCCAUGUUUUGUUCCCAGAGAAUAAAAUGAAUAGCGAGUGUUCCCUAAAAGGAGAGAAUGGUGUUUCAUGACGAGGGGAUUAUGAAUUUACUUAUAAUGCCUUAAUGCCUGGAGUCGUACGGCAGAGGAAAAUGAAAAUUGUGUUGGCGA